AUGUCUGCUGUCAACCGUGGGUUGCGCCAGGCCACCAAGUCCCUGCACACACGCCUUCCCCAGCGCAUCUCGCAGCGCUCCGCUCUGCCAUUGUUGAGCAGCACAUUUAAGACGGCUGCCCCCCUCACUCCCGCCGCCCUCCACGCCCGCAGAAGCAACUUCUCCACCAUGGCCUCUCUUCAGUCCGCCGCGACCACGGCCCCUUCCCCCGCCGGGCACAAGGGCUACGAUCCUGAGAUCCAGGACAUCGCCGACUAUGUGCACAACAAGCCCAUUGACUCUGAGCUUGCCUUCGACACAGCGAGAUGGGUGUUCCUCGACACUCUCGGCUGCGGUCUGGAGGGUCUCCAGUUCAAGGAGUGCACCAAGCUCCUCGGCCCUAUCGUCCCAGGGACCGUCGUGCCCAACGGCACCAAGGUUCCCGGCACACCCUAUCAGCUCGACCCCGUGAACGGUGCCUUCAACAUUGGUGCUAUGAUCAGAUGGCUCGACUACAACGACUGCUGGCUCGCUGCUGAGUGGGGACAUCCCAGUGACAACCUGGGCGCUAUCCUGGCCGUGGCUGACUGGAUCACCCGUACCAACAAGGCCGGCGGUAACCUCGCUGGCGGCAAGAUCUUCACCAUCCGCGAUGUUCUCGAGGCUAUGAUCAAGGCGCACGAGAUUCAGGGCUGCCUUGCUCUGCUCAACUCGUUCAACAAGGUUGGUCUGGAUCACGUAGUUCUCGUCAAGGUUGCCAGCACGGCUGUUGUCAGCAAGAUGCUCGGCCUCAACGAGAAGCAGACUGCCGAUGCCAUCACCCAGGCGUGGGUUGACGGCCAGAGCUUGCGUACCUACCGCCACACCCCCAACACCAUGUCCCGCAAGUCGUGGGCUGCCGGUGAUGCCUGCCAGCGCGCCGUCAACCUGGCCCUGAAGGUUCUCAAGGGCGAGAGCGGUGUUCCCACCGUUCUCUCCGCCCCCGUCUGGGGCUUCUAUGAUGUCCUCUUCAAGGGCAAAAAGUUCGAGUUCCAGCGCCCCUAUGGCAGCUACGUCAUGGAGAACGUCCUGUUCAAGGUGUCCUACCCUGCCGAGUUCCACUCUCAGACCGCUGUCGAGGCCUCUGAGAAGAUCCACGCCCAGCUGAAGGCCAUGGGCAAGUCUGCCGCCGAUAUCAAGGAGAUCACCUGCAGGACACACGAGGCCUGCGUCCGCAUCAUCGACAAGCAGUUCAAGCCCAUGGACAACUUCGCCGAUCGUGACCACUGCAUCCAGUACAUGUGCUCCGUCAUGCUCGUCUUCGGCCGUCUUACUGCCAACGACUACGUUGACGGCAGCGAGGCUGCCACCUCCCCUCUGGUCGAGUCUCUUCGCAAGAAGAUCAAGUGCGUUGAGGACCCCCAGUUCACCGCCGACUACCAUGACCCCGCUCUCCGCACCAUCAGCAACGGCCUCACCGUUGAGCUCAACGACGGCACCGUCCUCCCCGAGGUUGUCAUUGAGGCUCCUCUCGGCCACCGUCUCCGUCGUGAGGAGGCCAAGCCAGUGAUCAUGGCCAAGUACAAGCGUCACUUGGAGCCUCACUACAGCGCCGAGAAGGUGCAGGAGCUCCUUGAGCUCGGCCAGAACCCCAAGAAGCUCGAGGCUAUGGAGGUUGACCAAUAUGUGGAUUUGUAUGUUAGCGAGAACAGCAAGUUUGUCAACUAG